AGGUGAUGGUGUCUGGACCCAAUCUGAAUGAGACCAGUAUCGUAUCCGGAGGUUAUGGGGGUACAGCUGAGGGAAUCAUUCCUACCAGCUCCAUUAAAGGCCCUGCUGUGCGCUACAAUGCUCAGUUUAACAGACGCAUCCCAGUCACAGGACAAGGUUCCAGUAUGCAGGACAGUAGAAGCAGCAGUUCCACGACUGCAGAGGAGGCCUCCAGAGGAGUGGCUGUAGAGAAACUGGACUUUAUGAAGCAAUGGGGCCUCAACACCUACAAGUGCACUAAACAGAUGAUCGCAGAGCGGUUUGGUCGUGGUUCUCGGACUGUGGAUCUAGAACUGGAGGCUCAGAUAGAAGUUCUCCGGGACACCAAGAGGAAGUAUGAGACUGUGCUGCGAUUGGCCAGAGCCCUGACCAAUCACUUGUACAGCAUGGUGCAGACGCAACACGCCCUCGGGGACACCUUCACCGACCUCAGCCUGAAAUCACCUGAACUACGGGAUGAGUUUGGGUACAACGCAGAGACCCAGAAGUUAUUAUGCAAGAACGGAGAGACACUGCUAGGAGCCAUCAACUUCUUUGUGUCCAGCAUCAAUACACUCGUUAACAAGACCAUGGAGGAUACGCUGAUGACCAUCAAGAUGUACGAGGCUGCUAGGUUGGAGUAUGAUGCGUACAGGGCAGACCUAGAGGAGUUAAGCGUUGGACCCAGGGAUGUGGUGAACAUGGCCCGUAUAGAUACAGCCCAGGAGCUGUACCAGAUCCACAAGGACAAAUAUGAACGUCUUCGCUCUGACGUCACUAUCAAACUCAACUUCCUGGAUGAAAACAAGGUAAAGGUGAUGCAUAAACAGCUGCUCCUGUUCCAUAAUGCCAUCUCAGCGUACUUUGCUGGGAACCAGCAGCAGUUGGAGCAGACCCUGAAGCAGUUCAACAUCAAGCUGAGGCCCCCAGGGGCCGACAAACCCUCCUGGCUUGAGGAACCAUGAGGGAGGGAGCCACAGGAGACAGGGCAGCCCAGGAGAGGCCCUCCUAACCUGGGAAACAGCGGACCCCCCCAAACCCUUACUAUCCACUACAGUGGACCACGGACGGACAGACAGACGGACAGGACUACAUAGAGAUGGAUGGAUGGAUGAAUGGGCCAAGGGCCUUGUAUCUAUAGAGGACUGUGUCACAAUCAGGGACUUGUCUUAUUUUCCUCUCUUUCAUGAUCUCUCAUUUUCUCUCUUUAUCCACAAAUCCUCCUGUAUAAUAUAUUAUCUCCAGUCCUCUAUGUAAGUGAUAAUGCCCGAGAAGCCGGUGUUUGGAGGAUAUAUUGGCACGGGUUAGGCCCCGAGACUGAGCCGUGUAUAUAUCCUCCUAACACCGGCUUCUCAGGCAUUAUCACUUUUACACAACGGGUUACCAACACAUUCAAAUGAUGAUUGACAUAUUUUCAUUAAACAUUAUUUUGAUGAAUUUAUUCACACUAUUUCGUCCUUAAACACAAGAUAUUUAUAUAGUCCAGACACAAAAUCUAUGGUUGCUACCCAAGCCAGCUGGUCGUUCGUUCUAUCGGUUCGGCUGCCAGAGACGCGACCCAGUCGUUCCUUCUAAAUGCUCCAAUGCCGUACUGGCUAGCUUGCUAGCUACUCCGUACUGGCUAGCUUGCUAGCUACUCCAUACUGGCUAGCUACUCCAUACUGGCUAGCUACUCCAUACUGGCUAGCUACUCCAUACUGGCUAGCUACUCCAUACUGGCUAGCUUGCUAGCUACUCCAUACUGGCUAGCUUGCUAGCUAAUCCAUACUGGCUUGCUACUCCAUACUGGCUAGCUACUCCAUACUGGCUAGCUUGCUAGCUACUGCAUACUGGCUAGCUUGCUAGCUACUCCAUACUGGCUAGCUUGCUAGCUACUCCAUACUGGCUAGCUUGCUAGCUACUCCAUACUGGCUAGCUUGCUAGCUACUCCAUACUGGCUAGCUACUCCAUACUGGCUAGCUACUCCAUACUGGCUAGCAAGUGCAGCCAGAAUAACAACAAAGUAGCUGUUUUCUAGUUAGAUUUCUUUGGAUACAACCAUAACAAUGAACUAAUGAUGUGCAAUUUUGCCUGGCAGAGAAAAUGUGCUCUCUUGUCAGGACACUGUUCAGACAAAAGAAAUACAAUCCAUGACAUCAAUUUGAACUGAUGUUGAUAAAUGAAAUCCACCACAGCUGAGAUAGCUAUAUCUACUUAUUGUCACUUAUUGUCACAUUUAUCUGUACAUUCCCCCGGAUGGUGUAUUUGGUGGAAAUAUCUGUCUGUGCUACUGCUAUUGCUGCCGUGCUUCAGCUUUUAGGGUGUUGAUGCUGCUGCAGUGUUCUCUUGGUUUUCAGUGUUCUCUUGGUUUGCAGUGUUCUCUUGGUUUUCAGUGUUCUCUUGGUUAUUUUUUUUUAUAGAGAAAUUAGUUUGGCUUUGGUUGUCUGUUCUCCUCUUGGACAUCGCUGUAACUGAAGGUUGAACCACACUUUCUGGACCAGACCCCUUGGUCUACCGGGAUUUCAGAGCCUGGGCCUUGUCCUUAUCGGUGAUGGGAGGGUGGCUGUUUGUGAUAUCUUAGCUGUUUUGAUGUUACCCAGAAAUACACAAUUGGAGGUGGUAAAUUCAGUGUCUUUCAUAAUGCACCAGCUGUGAUCAAUGGGUGGGUCAUUUAGAAACUGACCGACCGACGGGUGGGUCAUUUAGAAACUGACCGACCGACGGGUGGGUGGGUCAUUUGGAAACUGACCGAGCGACGGGUGGGUCAUUUGGAAACCGACCGACCGACGGGUGGGUGGGUCAUUUGGAAACCGACCGACCGACGGGUGGGUCAUUUGGAAACCGACCGACCGACGGGUGGGUCAUUUGAAACCGACCGACCGACGGGUGGGUCAUUUGGAAACCGACCGACCGACGGGUGGGUCAUUUGGAAACCGACCGACCGACGGGUGGGUCAUUUGGAAACCGACCACCGACGGGUGGGUCAUUUGGAAACCGACCGACCGACGGGUGGGUCAUUUAGAAACCGACCCACCGACAGACGGUGGGUCAUUUAGAAACCGCCCGACAGACGGUGGGUCAUUUAGAAACCGACAGACGGUGGGUCAUUUAGAAACCGACCGACAGACGGUGGGUCAUUUAGAAACCGACCGACCGACGGGUGGGUCAAUUAGAAACCGACCGAUGGGUGGGUCAUUUAGAAUAUGACCGACAGACGGUGGGUCAUUUAGAAACCGACCGACCGAUGGGUGGGUCAUUUAGAAACUGACUGACCGAUGGGUGGGUCAUUUAGAAACUGACCGACCGAUGGGUGGGUCAUUUAGAAACUGACCGACCGACGGGUGGGUCAUUUAGAAACUGACCGACCGACGGGUGGGUCAUUUGGAAACCGACCGACCGACGGGUGGGUCAUUUGGAAACCGACCGACCGACGGGUGGGUCAUUUGAAACCGACCGACCGGUGGGUCAUUUAGAAACCGACCGACAGACGGUGGGUCAUUUAGAAACCGACCGACCGACGGGUGGGUCAUUUAGAAACCGACCGACAGACGGGUGGGUCAUUUAGAAACCGACCGACCGACGGGUGGGUCAUUUAGAAAACCGACAGACGGGUGGGUCAUUUAGAGACCGACCGACGGGUGGGUCAUUUAGAAAACGACCGACAGACGGGUGGGUCAUUUAGAAACCGACCGACAGACGGUGGGUCAUUUAGAAACCGACCGACGGGUGGGUCAUUUAGAAACUGACCGACCGACGGGUGGGUCAUUUAGAAACUGACCGACCGACGGGUGGGUCAUUUAGAAACUGACCGACCGACGGGUGGGUCAUUUAGAAACCCACCGACCGACGGGUGGGUCAUUUGGAAACCGACCCACCGACCGACGGGUGGGUCAUUUGGAAACCGACCCACCGACCGACGGGUGGGUCAUUUGGAAACCGACCCACCGACCGACGGGUGGGUCAUUUGGAAACCGACAGACGGUGGGUCAUUUAGAAACCGACCGACAGACGGAUGGGUCAUUUAGAAACCGACCGACAGACGGGUGGGUCAUUUAGAAACCGACCGACAGACGGGUGGGUCAUUUAGAAACCGACCGACAGACGGUGGGUCAUUUAGAAACCGACCGACAGACGGGUGGGUCAUUAGAAACUGACCGACCGACGGGUGGGUCAUUUAGAAACUGACUGACCGACGGGUGGGUCAUUUAGAAACCGACCCACCGACCGACGGGUGGGUCAUUUAGAAACCGACAGACGGUGGGUCAUUUAGAAACCGACCGACAGACGGAUGGGUCAUUUAGAAACCGACCGACAGACGGGUGGGUCAUUUAGAAACCGACAGACAGACGGUGGGUCAUUUAGAAACCGACCGACCGACGGGUGGGUCAUUUAGAAACUGACCGACCGAUGGGUGGGUCAUUUAGAAACCGACCGACAGACGGUGGGUCAUUUAGAAACCGACCGACAGACGGGUGGGUCAUUUAGAAACCGACCGACAGAUGGGUGGGUCAUUUAGAAACCUGACUGACAGACGGUGGGUCAUUUAGAAACCGACCGACCGACGGGUGGGUCAAUUAGAAACUGACCGACCGAUGGGUGGGUCAUUUAGAAACUGACUGACCGACGGGUGGGUCAUUUAGAAACCGACCCACCGACGGGUGGGUCAUUUGGAAACCGACCCACCGACGGGUGGGUCAUUUAGAAACCGACCGACGGGUGGGUCAUUUGGAAACCGACCGACGGACGGACGGGUGGGUCAUUUGGAAACCGACCGACGGACGGACGGGUGGGUCAUUUGGAAACCGACCGACGGACGGGUGGGUCAUUUAGAAACCGACCGACAGACGGUGGGUCAUUUAGAAACCGACCGACGGGCUGGUCAUUUAGAAACCGACCGACCGACGGGUCGGUCAUUUAGAAACCGACUGAGCUAAUUAAACUGUUAAGCUAUUAAGCCGCUCCCCCUGUUCCCAGGAUGUACAUUGCUCCAGGAUGUUAAACUCUUCCUUUGUGACAUUUCUGAAGGCGACAGCUUUUGUUUGUUGUUUUCUUCUAAUCAGCCCUCGAAGUACCGCACAGCCCAGUUUGUAUUCUUAAUGGUGUUUUGCUUUGUUGGAGAUUUUCUCUUCGUCAUUCAAUACAUUAUUUUUCACAUCUGCAUGCCUCGGUAGUAUUUCCUGGGUAGUAUAUUAUUUUCUCCUCCCCAUUCAUCCAUAUUCAUGCUGCCGAAAAGAGCAAAAUAAAUGUUCCACUCACA